AUGAUGAAAAUAAUUAGCAGAAUGUCCUCAUUAAUUCUUAAGAAAUCAGAUGAUAUGAUUCUAUUUGCUCAUGAUAAUCCAAUUAAAUUAGGUGAGACAUUAAAGUUUGGAAAUUAAUUGGGAGUAGUCAUGUCUAUUUUUGAGAAAAAUCAAUUAGCAUUAUUGUUAUAACAAUCUGAAGUAUUAGAGCCUAUUUCACAAGUAAAUUCUUUAAGAGCUUUUCCCUAAAAUGGUAUUUGUACAAUAGCAGACAUAAAGGAAUCAAAUGAAAAUGAAACAGAUACCAAAAAAUUGCCAAAAAGAGCCCUUCCAUAGAAUUAAAUUUUAACACAUAAUGUAUACAUUGAUCUCUUCCAUCCAAUAACUUAUGGAUAAAUGCUCAUCAUUAAAGAUAAAGAGCUUUUAAAUAAGUUGAAUACAUUUGAUCACAUAAUAUAUUAUGGAAGAUCUCCAAUCCAAUAAGCAACAUGGUUUAAAUAUGCAGAAAAUUAAGGCUCAAAUUAUUUUUUACCAAAAUAUGCAUUGCAAUUUGCCAAAUAAGUAGCAAAAACAAAUAAAACUUUGUUAGUAAUGGAUUAAAUUUAUGAUCAUUUUGUUGCUCAUUAAAAACUAUAAGAAACAAUACAAUCUUAUGUUUAUGAGAAAACUACAAAAACUGUCUACUUAUCAAACCUUUUAAAAGAGCUUUCUGAUUCAUGUGGUUAUAGACCAGGACAUAGCAAUCUUACUGUUGCUGUUUUGUAAAGAGAUUCCAAAGAUGAUUUAUUAAAUGAUGAAUUGGAGAAAGAAGUAUUAUAUAAAUGUAAUUCAACCUUUAGUUAGAAUCGUUGUAAUCUCAUACACCUUCUAAAACUAUAGCAAAACCUAGUCCAUUCAGUUUAUAAAUCCAAAGUUCUUUGUAUUAUCAUUUAGCUUAGGAAUUAUAUGAGAUUCUUUCAUAACAUAAUGAAAAAUAAUCAGAAUAUUUAUAAAAGCAAUAGUUAAAGAUUCAUAUAGAUCCAUGGGACUUUUAUUAAUAUUUUGAUUGCAAACCAAUAGUGUAAAUGAUAAACUUAUUCAACCAGUAGAAUAGUCAAGAACAUGAGUUAGUAAUCUUAGUAGAUUUCUCAGUUAAAGCAUUUAAAGAAGAAAUAAUUUGUCAGCUUAAAGGUAUUAAUCGAAAAAUAUAAAUUAAGGUUCUCCAAAAGAAAUUCUGAAUGAUCUUCUUGCUUUUUCUUGUUAAAUAAAAGAGUUUGAAGAAAAGUCAUUCUCUGAAUAUUAUUAUGAGAAGAAAAAUGAGUUAAGCGGAAAUGAAUUUAAGACUGUUAUUAUAGAAAGCUUAGCAAGAUUUUAUGAAUUGUAUAUGCUUCAUUUGAGAAUGACAGAUUAAUUGCUUUAAUAUAAAAAAGAUUACAUUUGA